CUCACCGAGGUCGGCAGCACAAAGCAGAGUCACUCUCUUACCAGCCUGCGCACACACACACACACACACUCUCUUACACUCAUACACACACGCUCAGACUCGACACACACUUACUCAGCAAUACCAGGGAGCUGAAGCAAGACUGACUAGAGGAAGGAAAGAAGGAAGGAAGGAAAGAAGGAAGGAGGAGAGAGAGAAGAAGUCGUAAAAGAGGAAGAGACAUUUUGUGAAAACAUCAAUCAGGUUGUCCAUCUGAAGAGCUUCCUCCAGAGGCCCCCUGCUGACUGAUAACAAGCACUUAUUCACAGCUUCAUGAGUGUGUGCACAUAACCUCCACUCCACCUCUCUCUCUGUGUGUGUGUGUGUGUGUGUGUGUGUGUGUGUGUGUGUGUGUGUGUGUGUGUGUGUGUGUGUGUGUGUGUGUGUGUGUGUGUGUGUGUGUGUGUGUGUGUGAGUGUGUGUGUGGCACCAUGCUGUGGACAGUGAUACUAGCGCUGCUGGUGCUUCUGCUGCUGCAGACUCAGCUGUGUGUGUGCUUAAGGGAAUUACGCAGCGGGCGGUCCAGCUCUCCUGCCUCCUCCUCUUCGUCAUCCUCUUCGUCAUCCUCUUCGUCAUCCUCUUCCUCCUCCUCCUCUUCCUCGUACAAUGCCACCCAGCUGCGGCUGCCCGGAGCGAUUAUUAUUGGCGUGCGGAAAGGCGGCACCAGAGCCCUGCUGGAGAUGCUCAACCUGCACCCAAACGUGGAAGUGGCGAAGGCCGAGGUGCACUACUUCAACGUGGAGGAGCACUACCGCCGAGGCCUGGCCUGGUACCGAGCCCAGAUGCCCCUCACCCUCCCUGGUCAGCUGACGGUGGAGAAGACCCCCGGCUACUUCGCGUCCCCUCAGGUUCCUGCACGCGUCUGGGACAUGAACCCCGCCGUCCGCUUGCUGCUCAUCGUCCGGGACCCGGCGGAGAGGCUGGUCUCCGACUACACCCAGGUCCUCCACAACCGCCUGACCCGCCACAAGCCCUACCAGCCGCUAGACGAGCUCCUGAUCCACAAGGGCCACAUCGACCCGGGUUACAAGGCGCUGCAGCGGAGCCUGUAUUACCAGCAUCUGGCCCGCUGGCUGGAGGUCUUCCCCAGGGAGCAGAUCCACGUGGUGGACGGCGACGCGCUCAUUCAGGAUCCCUUCCCCGAGCUGAGGAAGGCCGAGAGGUUUCUGGACCUCCAGCCCCGGAUAAGCCCCGACAACUUCUACUACAACACCACCAAGGGCUUCUACUGCCUCCUGUCUGCCGGGCACGACAAGUGCCUGGACGAGUCUAAAGGCAGGCCGCAUGCGCCGCUGAGCACCCAGGCCUUUAAGAAGCUCUGUCGCUACUUCAGAAAGCCCAACAAGUUGUUCUUUGAAAUGGUGGGGAGGUCGUUUUCCUGGUGCUGAACCAGCAACUGUGGACACCAAACACCUCGAACAAUGGCAACACAUUCAGGGACACAGAGAUAGAGAGACAAAAAAGUGGUUUGUGUGUUUUUUGUAGGUAGAUGAGUGGAAAGAUUUGUAGUCAUGAACAUCUCUUGUUGUUGAUACCUACUCAGGUAGAAAUGUGGCCAACUAGAGCAGCACAUACAGUGUGUGUGUGUGUGUGUGUGUGUGUGUGUGUGUGUGUGUGUGUGUGUGUGUGUGUGUGUGUGUGUGUGUGUGUGUGUGUGUGUGUGUGUGUGUGUGUGUGAAGAUGUGUGGAGAAUUGAAACUGCUAAGGUUGAACACGUGGCCAACACAAACCUUUACCACAACCAAACUGGUGCCUCCUUGGAUGGAUGGACUGGUGCAACGUUGCUUUGACGACCGUGCCAUACGCACACGAAAAACACAACUGACUGCUUGUGAGCGCUCAUCUGUGUGGUGGUAAAAGAAGAUGUGCAGACUUUAAAGUGAUGUAUAAAUAGUGGUGAAAAGAUGGUUUGAUUCAUUCAUUGUUGCACUAUGAACUCUAAUUGUAUAAAUGAAAGUAAAUCGAGGUUCAAUGUGGACGAUUUUAAACAGAAACCAACUCUCCUUGAUUUUUUUUUUCGACAUUUGUAACGUGUGUGUGCUAAUAGAAAUGUUUUAGUUGAGUCAUUCUGUUUACUUCAUUUUUUUGUUGUUUUACAAGAUUGACUUUUAGAGAAACGUUAAGUGAAAAUACCUUCUUUUUUUACUUCUUUUGAAAGUAGCCACCUUGAAAGCUUGAUUUUGGCUUCUUUUUUAAUUUCAAGGCCAAUGUAGUACUAUCGCUUGUUUGUGGGGGUUUUUUUAUGAAAAUGUCCUUCUAAUAAAUGUAUUCAGUCCA